GACAUCGGAAAAUUUGUGAAUGAUUUCAAUUUUCUGAUCAUAAGUUAGAGAAAAUUUGGUGUAAAUUAUUUGAAUCACGUGGUGGUUUUUGUGCAUUCUUUGGUUUUAAAUAGAUCGCGAAUUUAUUCGUUGCAUACGUAAUAUAGAAAAAAAUUAAAAUGUUUGUAAAACCAUUUAAAACGAAAAGUAAUACUCAAAUCAAAAGUACUGAGCGAAAAAAAUUGCGUUCAAAAGUCGAAUCCACAUUUAAGCUAAACGAAGAUGAUUUAAAUAAAUUAUUACCGAGCAAAAGUACGCUGAAUCAAGUAAAAUUGUAUGCAUAUUCUGGCCAAUUGGUGACUGUUUACACAUGUGAUCGUCGUCCAAUGUUCUUUGAAUUCAGUCCGAGCGGCGAUGAAUCAAAGGCGGUGGUAUUACCAACAGUUUAUUCACUUUGGAUUUUACCAGAGAUGAUUCCAUCGUUUACCACACAUCCGGCCGUUUUGCCACGUUUGGCUGGUGGUGCUGAUUUAAUGCUUCCUGGUAUAAUCAAACAAGGCACGGGUUAUUCAACAUAUGGCAAUUACAGGUGUGAUACGGUUGUGGCUGUGAAUCUAACAUCAAAUCGUUCGGCAGUGGCCAUUGGCCUACUAGCUAGAUCCAGUGCCGAUCUGUAUAUGGCUGCAAACGCGGGUGUUGGUGUUAGAAUAAUGCAUGUAUUUGGCGAUAAAUUGUGGGGCUACGAUCCGACUGUGUGUCUUCAAGUGCCAAAUUCUGGUGCCAUUGUCAAACCACCGACAAUGGAUGAUUUUCCAGCACUUGGCGAAUCGAAACCAAAAUCGAUGUCAAAAUCCGUCGAAUCAGUAAUGCCAUCUGAGUUGAAUUCAACGGAAACGUCACACCUUGAAAAUGAUAUGCAAAAUGUAGAGAUUUCGAAAGACGAUAGUGAAACAAUUGACGAUGAAUCAAAUGAGCCACUUGAGCCAACUGAAUCACCAGAUGAUAAAUUGAAACGAGCAUUUUUAACGGCAAUAAAAAAAAUGGGGAAAAAACCACCAACACCACUGUUAACGAGUAACUUUUAUCGUAAUCACAUUUUAGAAGCCGAUAAUGACAUCGAUAUCAAAAAGACCACAUAUAAAAAACUAUCAAAAUUUCUCCAAGAUAUGGCCAGUUAUAAUUAUCUAACCGUAAAAGAAGAACCAAAAGGUGUGGAGAAAAUUGUGGCAUUCAAUACAACACAUCCCGAUGUUGUGAAUACUAUUCUGAAUGUAUCGGAUGGUAGUGGACAAUCGGAAUCUGGUACGGGUGGUUUAUUUGUUACCGAAAUGAAAGAAUUGUAUACCGUAACAAAUGAUACAAUGAAAUUUUUUAAUGUAUUUGAUGUAAAGUGUGGCGAAGGCAUUGAACCAGCUCAAGUAAAAAAAUAUGUUAAAGAAUAUGUUUGCAAUAAUAAACUUCAAGAUGUGGCCAAUAUUCGUCAAAUUCAUGUUGAUGCCAUGCUGCGCGAUGUGUGUCAAUUGGAUGAAAAGCAGAAAACUGUACCAUUCGAUGUGAUUUUAUCAACAAUAAUCGAUCGCAUGGAUCAUAGUUAUGCGAUGCGAAACCGAAAUGAAUUGAAAACCAGCGGCAAACAGGCAACGAUUAAAAUGACAUUGGCCACACGGUGUGGCAAUAAACAAGUUACAUUGAUUGAUGGCAUGGAAUUGUUUGGUAUUCGUUUGCCAGAAUUUGCGCAAGCAUGCAAAGUUGGCGUUGCAGCCAGCACCUCAAUCAUUCGUCCAGAUUGUCCGGCCAACGGUAAUAAAGGACAAUUACUCGUACAAGGCAAUCAAAUUCGAUUCGUGCACAAACUGCUCACUGACACCUACAAAAUUCCGCCGAAAUUCAUCACCGGCUUGGAUCUAGCAAAAAAAGAAAAAAAGAAAAAGAAAUAAGAAAAAUAUAAUGAAGAAAUCAAAUCUUGACACUGUUGAUUGUUGUUAUCACUUUUU